AUGGAACAAAAUACGAGAGACUUAGAACUACGAGAACAGGACCGGUGGUUACCUAUUGCAAAUGUCGCCAGACUUAUGAAAAACACUCUACCACCUACAGCAAAAGUCUCGAAAGAUGCCAAAGAGUGUAUGCAAGAAUGCGUCUCGGAAUUUAUAUCAUUCAUUACCAGUGAAGCUUCUGACAAGUGCUUGCGGGAAAAAAGAAAGACGAUAAAUGGAGAAGACAUACUAUACCUGAUGUACGAUUUAGGGUUUGAGAACUAUGCCGAAGUGUUGAAAAUAUAUCUAGCUAAAUAUAGAGAGCAGCAAGUUCUUAGGCAAGAGAGAGGUGAAACGAGACUUACCAAGAAACAAGCCAAAUUGCAAGCUGCACAGCAACUAGCUGCACAAGAAGCGGCUGCUUCUUUGGAAGAGACAUCCGAAACAGGCGAAAUUGAAGAGAUAAUGGAAAGCGGUUAUUAG